CAUAUACAGUAUUUCAUAUCUGCAUAAAUAUGCAAGAGGUAUCUUACCUAAGCAAAGGUCAGAAGACUUCUGAGAUUAUUUGACCUGUGAUGGAACGACUCUUCUGGGAAACUGCUGGAGUACUUCAGCCACAGGCACCCAGCAUCUCUGCCCCCACUGAUAUGUGCCAAAGUCCAAAAUGAACCACACUUGGACAUACAACUUGAGCUUUGAUGCACCUGCAGAUCCUGUUGAGCCAAGGGCUGGACUCACGAGAAGUGGGCACACAGUAGUGGCUGUUUUUCUUGGAUUUAUCUUGGUUUUUGGUUUCUUGAAUAACUUAAUUGUCCUCAUCCUCUUCUGCAAAUUUAAACCCCUUCGUAACCCGGUCAACAUGCUCCUCCUGAACAUCAGUAUCAGUGACAUGUUAGUGUGCAUCUCAGGCACUACCCUCAGUUUUGCAUCUAACAUCCGUGGCAAGUGGAUCGGAGGGGAGCAUGCUUGUAGGUGGUAUGGCUUUGUCAAUUCCUGCUUUGGCAUCGUGUCCCUGAUCUCCCUGGCCGUCCUGUCCUAUGAGCGCUACAGCACUCUCACCCUGUGCAGCAAGCGCAGCGAUGACUACCGGAAGGCGUUACUGGCAGUUGGAGGUUCAUGGAUUUACUCCCUGAUCUGGACUGUGCCACCUCUGAUCGGUUGGAGCAGUUACGGGGUAGAAGGUGCAGGUACAAGCUGUUCAGUACGCUGGUCCUCAGAGUCAGCUGAGUCCACAUCCUAUAUCAUCUGUCUCUUCAUAUUCUGCUUGGUCAUCCCUGUGAUGGUCAUGAUGUACUGCUACGGUCGCCUCCUUUAUGCAGUUAAACAGGUUGGAAAAAUCCACAAGAAUGCUGCCCGCAAAAGAGAAUACCAUGUACUGUUCAUGGUGAUCACUACAGUUAUUUGUUAUCUUGUGUGCUGGAUUCCCUAUGGAGUUAUAGCACUACUGGCAACAUUUGGUAAGCCAGGUAUUGUGACUCCAGUUACAAGCAUCGUACCUUCCAUCCUAGCAAAAAGCAGCACUGUUUGCAAUCCCAUUAUCUACAUACUUAUGAAUAAGCAGUUUUACAAAUGCUUUCGUCAGCUGUUCCACUGCCAACCUCCUUCCUCCACUAAUGGAGAGCCCACCUGCCACUCCAAGGUAACUGUUAUCCAGCUGAAUCAAAGGAUAGAUGGUGGAAAUGUGUGCAAUAAUGAACCGCAUCCAGAAAGAGACAGUAAAUUGACUUCUCCCCUGAGCCCAGAGCCAAGCCUGGAGCCAAUUUCAAAAGUUGUACCACCACAGUCUUAGGAAAAUUGGCUCUGAUGGAAAGUACAAGCCUUAACCAAAACGUGUUUGUUUUCACUGUCACAUCACCAAGUUUACUUUAAAAGUAAUAAAGGAAGUUCCUAUUUGUGGGAUUGGAAAACUAUCAAGAACAAAAAUUGUGACUCUUUCCUAAUCUCCUUAAUAACAGCAAAGAUAGCCACAAAACUGCCAGAUAUGGUUCCAUAAUGACAAAAUUUUAAGCAGUAUCGACUUUCCUGUAAAUUAAUUAAAGGAGGACUUACAAGUGGUAGAGUUUUAGUUUUUAGUGAUCUUUGGUUCAGUGUCCUCUAGAAUCAAUCUAAAAGGCACGCUGGGCUAUGCAGUUUAGUUCCUUACCCUUCCUGCCUUUUUCCAUUUAAUCCAUGUCUUGGGAUUUCAGAUUAUGUUACUCAUAAAUAACUGUAACUUCUGACAGUCCACUCACAUUUUCGCUCACGUUGGACAGUGAUGUUUGGCAGGAGGAAAGACAGUGACUUGACAAGCUAGUUUCUGAGUGGUAACAGCUAACUUAUAGCACAUUCUUCUGUUGAAGUCUAGGGUCAGCAAACUGAAAGAUGAGCUAUGACAACAUGUAGAGAUAACCACAUACAGAAUGUGUCCCUGUGCUGGAGGCUUAUCUGUCCUGGUGGAAACAGGAACACUCCUGAUACUUCCAGACCUCAUGCACACAUCAAAUGCUCAAACCCUACUCUGGGGAAAAAUGGUGGUCAGUGCCAGACACUUCCUCCUUUAGCCCCUCUGACACCAAUGACCUUCAGCCAAGGAGCCCAGAAGUGUGAUAC